AGUUGAUGGUUAUUGUAAUUUGGUAAUGAUGGCAGGGCCAAACGAGUUUUUCUCUGGCGUUAUUGGGAAGGUAACUUUCGUCAACAAGUGGCCAUUGCUUUUGAAGGCAACUCAGGAUGAUGAUGUUCCAACCCCUGGCUAUCUCUUUAAAGAAAUAGCUGAUAUAACAUAUGAAUCUGGAAGCAGUUGUCAAUGUUUGGUUGACUUCAUGGUGGAAAGACUGGAGAAGAAAUCAUGUCAUAUCAAAUACAAGGUUCUGAAGUUAUUGCUUCAUUUGGUUGAGAAAGGCCAUCCAUCUUUCUGUGAAGGUCUGAGACGUAAGGCUCAAGGAAUUCAAUCAUCUGCAAAGUGUAGUGGCCCUCCCGAUCCCCUCCAUGGAAUGGCUCCAUAUGUUGCUGUGAGAAAAGCAGCUAAGGCUUUGAGCGAGAAGUUAUUUGACACAGAGGUCACACACACCAGACCAUCGACCAAUCAGUCUUGGAAACAAGGUCACAUGACACACGACAUUAAGCAGUCAAGAGAGGGCGGCAACACCAAGAAGAUGGAAGGAUUUGGAAACACUUCAGCUGUGUCACAGAAACCAGUUACAAUAGAAUCCCUUGGAGAGACAGUGAAGGGUGGCUUUCAACAGAUAGCCAGUAAGCUGAGUGGUGAGAACAAAAGUGUAAUGACCUUUAACCAGGCUGAUACAGGUUACAAGCCUCUCCAUGGUUACGACCCGACCUCCAUCAACAAUCCUCAAAGCCCAGUCAGGCAUGGCUUGGUGAGCAGCCGGUCUGCUGAGUGGUCCCCUCAUCGUUCUGUAACAACUGACUACUCUCCAGUCACAAUGUAUGAAGCAGAAGAUGAGACUAGAGAAGCAAUCUCCAGGAAUUCAAAGACAUCCUCAUCAUCACCAAGACGGUUGCGACAUCAGAGAAUAGAUGCUGAAAGAUUAUCUAUGUCUUCGAUAUCAAAAGAGGAAGACACCAAUCUUAUUGAUACAUCAUCAGUCUCCAGAGGGAGGGAAAGCAAUGGAUCAAAGAGCAGUGAUCAGCUGAGUGGUACAGGAUCAGACCUAUCAGAAAGACUUGCAUCAGUGAGUGUAGCGGAUUGGUCAGAAGAAGUGUCCACUGUAGAAUCAUUCAUUUCAUGCCAUCAGGAAGCCAGACCAACACCAACCAAAGAACAACUUCAGAAGUUUGUCAAGAGGUAUGUGAAUAUUUCAUAUUCUCUCUACUUAUAUGUUUGGUGAUGAUGUCAUUCUUGUUGGCUGUGUGUGUGUCCAACAUUUUUGCCCAGUUCACUUUCAGGGUUGUUGGCGCAUGCAAAGCAUGUGCAGGGGGAGGUGGGUUGUGUGAGAUAGCUAUCGAAAAUAACAAAGCUGAAGAACUUAGAUUGUAGCUAAUUUCACCCGCACAGGAAUGUCUGUGCAAUGCUUCCUUGGCUACACAGCCGUUGCAGGGAUUGCAAGGCAGAAAAGUAUGACGUCAUGCCUUUAAAUAAGGACAAAGAAAAAAAACGUAUUUACUUACUUACAUUUGAUUCAUAGAUGGAAAGAUAAAGACUCUGAAAUUUUUAAAUUUUAUUUAAAAUCUGCCUAGUAACUCAUUCUAUGCAUAUCAUGUGCAGAAAAGAUUGCACAGAAACAAUUCAGUCAUAAAUAUCUUCCACUCACAGUAGUUAGGCCCACAAAUUCAUAAUAUCAACAUUUUAUAAAAAGGAAAAUAUACAUUGUAAAGAGGAAUCAGUUCUUAUGUACAGCUUUAUGAUAUUUCAUGUGCAAGUAAUAAAGCUGUUGAACUUGCUUUGUAUGCAAAUUUUAGAAAGUAAUAUAUUGAAAUAAAUUUUGUUUAUCAUUUUCAAGUCUACGUGUGUUUAUGAGUUGAUAUACUUUUAGCUUCUCUGUGACUGCAGUAGCUUUUUUUUUAUCAAAUUAAUAAAAAAAUCAUGCAGGCUGCGUUUUUUUUUAUAAGAAAUUACAUGUCAGUCUAAUUUUGUUUAUUAUUUUGACACACUAAUAGUCUUGACAAAAAUUAGGAACAAUAUCAACUGAAACAUGUGGAAUUUUAAAGAAAUUCUUUUUAAGUACUCAGUACUCACUAUCAGACAUUCUCCUUACCCAUCAUUUUGUGCACAUUAAUGAUGUAACUUGAACAAUGCGCAAUAUGAGGUAAACAUCUUCUUUGCACUGCUGCACUGCUAGCAUAUACAGAGAGCUGAAGAUGGAGACUCGAUGUCCAUCCCUCUUACUCUGCCUGGAUCAUUGGCAAGAAAGAGCUGAGCUGAGUAAGAGAAAGCAUGGACCAAAUAUUGGAUGAAAUAAUUUCCAUAAUACAGUUCUUAACCCUAGCAUGUAUACGAAGGUGGAUUAAAAGCAGAACGUUCUUGAUCAUUUUAUCAAUAUUUGGUGUAUUUUACUGUUGUAAGCCUGGGUUAUCGGGGAAGUUCAGGGUUGUCAGCUUCACCAACGAAAUUUUCAGAGUGGGCGGUCACCACCUGACGUGUUGUGAGAAUAUACAAAUAGCGAAUAGGCAUGAGUGUGAUGGUGUGAGAUUUUGCAUGAGGUGAAGGAAAGAUGCUCUAUUCAAUAAGGCGUAGCCGGGUUAAAUAUAUAGUGUAUCUUUGUUUUAUCGAAAUGUCAUUCCAUUGCACAAAUAAGAAUAUUUGCUAUUUGCGUUGUACAACACAUCAGAACUUAGCGAAAAUACAAACAGUAAUCAAUUUGUUUUCCUAUGGUUAUUUAUGAAAGUGAGAAAGAAUAAUUGAAAGCAAAAUUCCUCAAACGAGCACCUGAACUACAUUAGCAGACAAGCAACUGACAUCAUAGGUGAAUGGGAUGGUCCCUGUACACCACCAAAAUAUUUUCUGUUUGAAAUUAUCUUUAGCCUUCCUGACAAAAUCACAAGGUGGGUGUUUCAUAAAGCUCUUUGUAAGUUCCGAGCAAUUGGUGAUCCUUUCUUGGGAGCUAAAUCAACAUCAAGAGAAAUCGGUGUUAUCAUUUACCACAAGAAAGGAUCACCAGUCAUUGUCACUCUACCUUAUGAACAGCUUUGUGAAACAUCCACCUGAUAUUAUGAUGAUAUAUUUAUCCACUUUCGAGUCCAGUACCACAUUGUCCAGAGUCUAGAUGUUUGUGUAAAGUAGAAAUAAAAUCAUAGAUUUUAAAAGGAGCGUAGCUCCCAAAAAUGAAAGGUAAAGUCACACUCUUCGUCAGUGCCCAUGAUGUGACAGGAAAUAGAGAAUUCAAAAUCUGUUUCUGAAACAGCCGUGAAAAACAUGUCUGUUCAUGGGCAUACGGAUUGUGAAACUCACCUUACAAAAAAAUCAAUGCACUGAAGAUGGAGAUAGCACACUGAAAAAAGACGCAUUUAAGACGCGUUGCCAUGACUGCAAGAUGGUAAUGGGGAAUCUCCGGCUCCAAAACAGG